AGAACAUUCUUCAUUUCAAAAUUUCCGUUUCUCUUAUUUGUUUUCCACUCCAAAACCUUCGUUUUCUUUCCACGAGAGACAGAAUCUCUCUCAUUAUCUAUUUCAGGGCUUUCUUCCUCACUCUCUCUUCCCUCAAUUCAAUCUCCGACGACAUUCAUGGCUUCCAAUACCUUAAGCACCACCACCCUGAACUAUGUUGUCACCAAGCCUGCCGUUUCACCAAGCAGAGCCUACAUUACAUUCUUGGCAGGGAACGGAGACUACAUCAAAGGCGCCGUGGGUCUGGCCAAGGGACUUAGGAAGGUGAAGAGCGCUUAUCCGCUCGUGGUGGCUGUCCUGCCUGACGUUCCGGCAGAGCAUCGCCAGAUUCUGGAGUCGCAGGGAUGCAUUGUCAGAGAGAUAGAGCCUGUGUACCCACCUGAGAACCAAACUCAAUUCGCCAUGGCUUAUUACGUCAUCAACUACUCCAAACUCCGUAUCUGGGAGUUCGUGGAGUACUCCAAGAUGGUAUACUUGGAUGCAGACAUUCAAGUAUAUGAGAACAUUGAUCACCUCUUUGAUCUUCAAAAUGGUUACUUCUACGCAGUAAUGGAUUGUUUCUGCGAGAAGACAUGGAGUCACACUACACAGUACAAGAUCGGGUACUGCCAGCAGUGCCCAGACAAGGUUGAGUGGCCGGUCGAGAUGGGCUCACCUCCUCCACUCUACUUCAACGCUGGCAUGUUCGUUUACGAGCCCAGCCUCUCUACCAGCGAAGACCUCUUGAAGACCCUCCAGGUCACAUCUCCCACAGCUUUUGCAGAGCAGGACUACCUCAACAUGUUCUUCAAGGACAUCUACAAGCCCAUCCCUCCUGUCUACAAUCUGGUUUUGGCCAUGCUAUGGCGUCACCCAGAAAAUGUCGAGUUGGAUAAGGUGAAAGUCGUCCAUUAUUGUGCUGCGGGAUCAAAGCCCUGGAGGUACACGGGUAAGGAAGAGAACAUGGACAGAGACGACAUAAAGAUGCUGGUGAAGAAGUGGUGGGACAUUUACGAUGACGAGACGUUGGAUUACAGGAAACCGGCAGAAGGAGAGGCCCAGAAACCGUUCCUCGCCGCGUUGUCGGAGGCUGGUUUUGUUAACUACAUUAAGGCGCCGUCGGCUGCUUAGGGUAGGCUCUCUGGGUAGGAAAUGUGCA